AUAAUUUGUAUGGAGACCGAUUGACCACAUUACUUGUCGUAUAUCCUAUCAUAUCUGGGUGUUUAAAUUUUCUGAUUUGGUUUGUGAUUGACGGAUUUGAAGGACGUAACAAGGGAAUUAAUAUAUGUAUAUAUUUUGACAAAAAUAUUAACUGAGGUGGAUGUAUAUACGUAUAUAUAUUUACGAAUGGCGUGUUGAUACAGUCUGAUCUUCCAUGCAGUACUUGUGUUAAUCUGAAGCGAGACCUCCAGUGUUUAUUAAUUACGAACAAUGGCAUCAUCAGGGUCAGAGUCCAACGACAGUGCCUGCGAUCUUUCCAAAUCGCCAGUCUUCUCCAGUAUCACCAUCGACAACUUGCGCUCGCAGGAGACCUCUGGGAUCCCGCUCAACACCCCGUGGACGUUCUGGCUAGACAAGGCCGUGCCAGGGGUGUCGGCGGCCGAGUUCAAGGCCAACCUGAAGCGCAUCUACACGGUGAGCACGGUGCAGAGCUUCUGGGCCGUGUACAACCACAUCCCUGACGCGGCCGACAUCCCGGUGCGCUACAGCUACCACAUGAUGCGCGAGGAUCGCAAGCCUCUGUGGGAGGAGCCGUACAACCAGCACGGCGGCACCUGGAGGUUCAAGUGCUGGAAGAAGGACACCUCGCGGGUGUGGAAGGAGCUGCUGGUGGCCGUGAUCGGGGAGAGCUUCGCGGACUGCCUGGCCGACGGCGACGAGAUCUGCGGCGUGAGCGUCACGGUGCGCGAGAAGGACGACCUGGUGCAGGUGUGGAACAAGCUGGCCAAGAUGGCCGACGACGCGACCAUCCUGGCCGCCAUCCAGAGGCUGCUGCCGGACGUGUCCUUCCCCUCGCAGUACUACAAGCAACAUCAGAAGCACCACGCGUACGAAGGCAGCAGGCGCUAGCGACUCGCUCAUGGUCGCAGCUAACAGCUGACUGGCUUCGCGGUGCUGCCACCACGACAACAGGUUUUCUGAGGAGUUCUUUUGCCAUGACGUAUGGUGGUGUUGCACAAAGUGUGCUUAGUUGAUAGCAGAGAUAUUAUACAACAUUUGUUAUAAGUGGACAUGUAAUUUGAGUCUUUGUUAAGUAAUAUCCAAGUGUUUUAAGUGACGUUACAUUAUUUGAAUUGUUUGAGUUAUGGAAAUUUUGUUUCCUACCUAGUAGCUUGUUAAGGAUUAUUGUUUGGUAGUACUAGAACACAAUUAUCUAAUCAAAACUCAUAGUUUUUAGUUAUACAGCCCACCAUAAGAGACACAUUUUGAUAACUGAUGACUCCUGGUAGUAAGAACUGCCAACCAUGCAACGCCACUGUUCACAUACCACAAACUCUAAGGACUUGCCAGAUGCUGAAAUUCUUGGUCAUGAAAGUGUUCAUAGCUCCUCACAAAGCCUCCAUGGCUGUAAGUUAAACACUGAGAAAUAGCUUUGGUUAGGUUUCCAUCUGUUUUGGUUGAGCCAGCAAUACCGGGCUAUGAUUGCGAGAGUGAAGUUUUAGUCCAGAAACAUGUCGUUUAAGCAAUAGGAUGGUGCAAGUGUGUGUGUAUCUGGAAACAAAAUUGUCGAAAUGUAGUUGGUUAAUUAACAUUUAAUUAUUUAGUUUUGUUAAUUAUUUAAUCAUUUGUUUUACUAUGUAUAAGAAUACAUUUUAUGACUGCACAACAAGCAGGCAUUUUUUUUAAUGAAUUGUAUUUAUGAGAAGUAUAAUGACAUCAACCUAUAGGUUCUGGCCUUUGAAUUAGUUUUAAAAAAUUAUUUCUAAUGCUCAUGGAUUGCCAGUGCCAUACACAGUCAUUUAACUUUUUGUAUUUGUUGUUCAAAGGUACCAAUUUUUUUAUAUGUACGAAAACUAUUUUACAAUUUCUAGUUUAGUUUCUUGUUCAUAUUUGAUUGGAUUUAGCAUCGAUGGUGAUAGAAGCUGUGCGAGUACCUUCGAGAAUGACAUGAUGCUGUUGUGUAGUCUGUGUCUGGUGUACCAGCGGACCCGGAUAGCGCUCGCCCCAGCCGCGACAGGGGCGAGAUGCGCGUCCCCUAGCUGCUCCCGGGGAAAAGGCGGGGCACUGCCGGUGCUGUGAGGCCCAAGUGUCUCAGUAAUACUCUCUGUCACUUCCUUUCUCUUGAUACUUGCUGGGAAUCACAUGCUCCACUCUGGACAUCGUCUGAAUGCCGUCCGACCAGGAGUGGCUAGCAAUUGCUGCUGUCAUCUGGAGGCAGCCUACCAGCCAGCUCUGCUAUAUGCCGGCUUCACAAACACUUCUGCUGUGAUCGCGUGAAUCUGGAAACGUUUGAAAUGUUCCUUUAGGAAAAAGCACUCCUUUUAAAAUGUAAAUACAGUGUUUUAUCACAUAAUCGUCACACAUUUUAUACUAAAAUCAAGUUUGAAAAGUAGGGGUGCAAUUUUUAUGCGAGAAAAGUUUUUUUUUUUUUUUUUUUUUGUCGAGUUAAAGGUAUUCGUUAAAAACAAAAACCAUUAAUGAAAACUACGCUUAAUUAAAAAAUAGAUAAUACCAAAGCACACUAACCAUUUUAAGUAAUAACUAAUAAGUAAUAAGGCAUGCAACAAAAACGUAAAGCACGUGUGUUGUAUGCAUUCUGCAAGAAAUGUAUAUCAAUAUUCAACUACGUGAGCACACACUGUACGGGCUGCCGAAUAGUGCUGGCUACAUUUUUAUAUGUUGUACACAGUGGUAACAAAAAUGAACAGAUGAAGAUUAUAAAUUUUUAAAACAUUUAUAAAAUAAAAUUUAUAUGUCUUACAACUUUGUAUUUCUCUUAAUUAAAUAAGUUAAGCUGUAAUAUCGAAAUAGAUAGCAUAUGUAAACUUUAAAAUACAUUGUUUUGUUUUAUAUGGAAAAAUAAGUUUAUGGACAUCUUACUAGAAAAAUGUAAUAUAUGGCAGGAUUAAAACAUUUGACCAUGUCGAAUGGGAAAUUGUAUUGUGCGGGUACAUCAGAAAUGAGUUUUGCUGUAAUUGUAAUAACUGUUCUUUCCCAUUAUAACUACCAAACUGUCUGAGAGCAAUUUGAAAACGGAUUGCUGUUGCAUGGUGCUUUAUCCUGUCAUGUUUAUUACCCACACAAAGCGCUCUUUUCUAACAGCGGGACCAGAAACACCAUGCAAAUUUUAUGCAAGAAUUUUUUUUCAAAAUUGAUACCUUGAAAUAACGGUGUGAUGAUUAUGUGAGUGUAAGGUUAUGCCAUAAAACACUGAAUUUGCUUUCUACUGAAGUCUUUAAUGUCUUUAACACCAUUACAACGGUAGUAAUAGUAACCAUAAGUUAUAAGUUUUGGUAGUUCUUUGGCAGGGCAUGUUCAUUGAAACUUGGAUCACCUUUAUGUUUGUAUUACUUAGUGCUAUGUACCAGAUCCUCACACUUAAAAAACGUAGAAAGUCUCGUUUUGUCUUGAAUUGCAGAUCUGUGAUGCUCCCUUUGUCUUAGUGUGCCUUUCCAAGCCAAGUCCCUUGAAUUUAAAAUAUACUUACGAAAGUAUUUUUAAGUCAUUUCAUUUUGUGUUCAGUAUAAUUAAUUAGUUUAAAGAUUUUUUUAAAUGUAUGUAUUGUUAUGUAGUUGUGUACUUUUAAAAUCAAGAGCUGAUAUAUAUUUUUGUAUUUUAGAAUAUAUUUACCCAUUUUCAUUUGUGAAAUUUCUAAUCAUGUUUGUAAUUUUUAUGAUGUCUUGCAGAAUUUAACACUUAACUUAGUUGCUAUCAUGGUAGCACAUUGUAAUAGAGAUUUCUCUAGUAUGUGUUUACGAAAUUUAAUGAGAAGCUGUUGCAAGUGCUGAACUUAAGAUUUUCCAAAAGAAGUGUUUAAGUAUAUAGGUUUGUAAAUUAUUAAAAAAAUAUAUCCUCAAAUUUAAAAAUGAGAAUCAAAAAGUGUGUAAAAUAAUUUUCUGAAUAUUAAAAUAAUCAAAAUAUCAUCUGAGAAUAAAGAAAAUUGAUUUUCUUGUCAGUAAA